AGCAAAUGGACACGCCUCCGAGAGUACAGUGUGUGAAGAUGGAUGAGAUGGUGCCAGAUCUCGGGGAGAGGAUUUUGGAUGUUGGCCAUGGCGGGAGCAGCUCUGUGUUUACCCCGUGCGCCAUCGACGCUCGUUUCUGGUGCUGGUCACCAAGAGUGUGGAUCAUCGGAAUGUUCGGCCACCUCCAGGUUCUGCGAGCGAGGCGCAAUCCAUCUCGCAGUCGCACGAUCGGAAUUGUUUAGGAAUCGAUUUCGCAGCCGCUCUGCUUCCAUGAGUCGCUGCUGUAGUUUCCCCGUGUCCGAGUUCAGGGUCUGCCAAGUGAUUGCCUCCGGGGCUGGUGGUAGACUCGCGCCUUACUCUCAGAGAAUAAUCGAUGGUUGCGUUGGAGGUCACAGGUCUGACGAGAAUCGCCUCGUGGUCAGCCACAGUCGAAAAGGAGCCUUCGAUCGCUGCCGCAGAGUUGAGCUAAACCAGCUGAAUUUCUGCAAUUGUGGGAGUCCGGUGUCGUUUAGGGUUCACGCCAGCGCCAGUGACGAGCGUGCGACGAUCGUGGGCUCGAGCGACGAGCAAAUAGAGCAACUUCGAUCAGAGGACGAGCCCCUUCCGACUAUGGAGGAAAUUCAGGAGGUGGCAGCAGAGCAGGGAUUGAAGAUUGAAGUCCGGACGCUGGGGCCAUGGUUUCAGAUCAAUCUGAUGAGCGCCGACGAGAAAAUCACGAUGGGCACUGCAGAAGGAUUUGAGACUUGGUGGAUCGAGGGCAAGAUUCUGCAUUUGGAAUCCGUUCGUUUGACUAAGGACGCCCCGAAGGGUGUUUCAGUUUUGGGUCCUGGAUUUCUGGUCGGUGCCGCUUGCGUGCGCUAUGGGCUUGACAAGAAUUGCCCAAAAGCAGAGCUUCUGGCCAUCAACGACGAUGACACCACUCACUCCAAGCUGGUUCGAUAUUACUCAAGACUGGGUUUCAAGACCAGGUAUGAGGUGACAGGAGAGGGCUGGGCCGAACUUCCCGACAGGGUAGUGUGGGGCGGAGUUGGUACGCGUAUGGAUGCAGAUUGCUAUCAGCUCUUAAGAAAGUGGGCCAAACUACUCAGACCCAAAUCUAAACAAGAGGGAUUGAGUAGUAGCAAGGGCUUUUCAUCGGAUAAAGUACAGCAAAAGAAAUAAAACAUUCUUCUGUUCCACAUUUCUGUACUCGCCAUCUGAGAAAAUGAACUGACGUUGUCAAUGGAAUCGGUAGUUUGGAACAAGUUCCGUAAAAACCACAGUUCAGAACCAAUCUUCCUCCUACACCACGGUUCAGAAUUCUCACAAACUAAACGUGAACACAUUGAUCCUCAAGUUUAUCACUUGACUAUGCCAACAUUUCAUAAACCGGAAGUCAGAAGAGCAAUCAGUCAUCGUACAACCCGAACGCUUGAUUCUCUAUGUCCUUGUGUGUGUACACAUGGUGUCCUGGCCUUUCGUCACAGCUCUAGACCACAUACUACGCCACUGCCUUCACACCUUCAGUUAUUUUAUGCCCAGCCCUAUUGUGCUCGUGUGCCAAGUAAAACUGAGUCUACAAUCGGUA